GUUGCCAGGAGAGUGAGAAAUUGGGAGGCAUGGGGUUUCUUUUUGGGGUAAUAGAAAUAUUCUAGUUAGUGGUGAUGAUUCCACAACCUUGUGAAUACUAAAAACCAGUGAAUUGUUCACAUUAAAAGGGCAAAUUUUAUGUAUGGUAUGUGAAUUAUAUUUCAAUUUUUAAAAAGUAGAUUUGUGUGUUCUUACAUAUUCUAUGCCUAAAAAGCAUCUUUACCUUUUAGAUAAAAUAAGUUAAAAAUCACCAUGACAGUACAUGACAGUUGCAUGUUAAAAAUUACAAUAUAGACCUAAGUAUUUUUGCUGAAACUUUAUUUCCCAAGUUGACAAAAAUGGUUUAAGCAAUAGAAAACUUCGGUGUCAUAUUUCUUCACUCAAAAUCUUGUGAAAAACUACAAAUCUGGGUUGAAAUGUCUUUUAAAAUAUUGAAAUAAUUGUAUUUUUGUUGAUUUCUCAAUAAUAGCUUUGUAUUUAAUUUCAUAAGAUUCUGUAAGUAUUCAAAGAUACAUUUUAAAAAUUAGACAUUUUUGGAUUUGUUGCUUAACAUUAACUGGUAUGGUUUUACAAUGAAAUAUUAUUGUACUGGAAUUUAUAAGGAGCUUAAUACUGGGCAAGUUAAGAGAAUGUUUUCAGGGACCAGGAUAUAUAUUGCAAAUUCAAAACCUGUAGAAAAUGGAGAAAAACACAUCUUUAUUGCAAACUAAACUUUCCCCAAUAUUUUUCUUUGGAUUAUUUAAGGUAUUUAGGAUAUGUACUUUGCUUUUAAAGUCUUUCAGUUUUUAUUGGUAUACAAAUAACUUUCCAAUGCUUAAGUUUCCAGUUUUCUGAGAUAUCAAAAUCAUUCCUUUUUUAAACAGUUUCUUUUACUCCUUGAAACUCAACACAGUUAUUUGAUUAGUUGGUGCUAGAAUUUGACCUGGAGCUUAUAUAAUUAGAAGAGACUCCAGUUUUCCUCAUUUAAAAGCCUAGUUAGCAUAUGACAGUCUCGUUCUGGGGAAGUCAAACCUCUACUGCUUUUUAUAACCUUUAAGUUAAUUCAGAAUCCAGAUAAGCCUUGAUCUGAGGAUGAUAUAACCACAGCAAGCAACAUGGGGUAGAACCUCUAGAGAAAGCAGGAAGACUUCACAAAAUAUGAUGUGAUGUCUACUGGUGGAGACAGGCCAUGAGGUCCGGGGGAGAAGGGGUGGCCUGAUCCAGGGACAAUGAAGAUGAUGUGAUGUUGAAGAAUAAGCUGGAGGAGAGAAGCAACAGGCACCAUGGAAAAGACUAAAACGAAGCAAGGAGAGAAUGAACAUAUGCCGAUGAAUAAUCCUUCCACACAGAUUUACCAGUUGCAGGCCCUAGCCUCUGAACUCAAAACUGGUUUCACGGAAGCAAUGCAAGAACUGUCAAGAAUUCAACAUGGAGAAUAUGCUUUGGAAGAGAAGGUUAAGAGCUGCAAAUGUUCCAUGGAAGAAAAAGUUACUGAGAUGAAGAAUUCAUUAAACUAUUUCAAGGAAGAGCUGAGCAAUGCUAUGUCAAUGAUUCAGGCCAUCACUUCCAAACAAGAAGAAAUGCAACAGAAAAUUGAACAGCUUCAACAGGAGAAGCGGCGAGAAUCCCGAAAAGUUAAAGCUAAGAAAACUCAAAAAGAAGAACAUGGGCCCCAGGCUGGGCCAGCUCAGGCACAAGGAAGUCCCUUUAGUUCCAUCAACAUCCCUGAGCCUGUCCUUCCCAGUGAAGACUUUACAAACCUUCUGCCUUCUCAGGCCUAUGAAAAAGCCCAGGAACCCAGAUCCAUGCAUGUAGCAGACAGUAAUAUGAAGGGAAUGAUGGGGCCUGGAGUGAAUCCAACAACUCCAGAAGCAGAAGAAAACCUUAAGUCUUGCCUCUCAGCUGAUAUCCAACCCAAAGGCCAUCUGCCGUCUGCUGUGUGGAGGCAGCCUAAGGAUGGUAAAGAAUGGGGCGAGGAGUACGUCACGAAAGACCACCCAGAUAAACUCAAGGAGGCUGGCCAGGGUAGACACAGCUCCUUGGAAAAUGUUCUCUGUGAAACCUCUUUAGCUGCUAAAAGACAGACUGUGGCUCUAGAACUGCUUGAAUCAGAAAGAAAAUAUGUCAUUAACAUCUCUCUGAUCCUGAAGAUCAAGGCAACAUUCCAGGGGUCAGAUGGAAAGAGGAAUUCCAAAGAGAGAAGCCUCUUCCCUGGCUCUUUACGGUACCUUGUCCAGCAGCACCUGGAUUUGCUUCAUGCUCUGCAGGAAAGGGUCCUGAAGUGGCCACGCCAAGGAGUCCUUGGGGAUUUAUUCCUGAAGUUAACAAAUGAUGAGAAUAAUUUCUUGGAUUAUUAUGUUGCCUACCUGAGGGACCUGCCUGAAUGCAUCUCUUUGGUUCACAUUGUUGUUCUGAAGGAGGGUGAUGAAGAGAUUAAAUCUGACAUAUACACACUAUUUUUUCACAUAGUCCAGCGCAUCCCUGAAUAUCUGAUACAUCUGCAGAAUGUCCUGAAGUUCACAGAGCAGGAACACCCUGACUAUUACCUACUUCUUGUGUGUGUUCAGCGCCUUCGAGUAUUUAUCUCACACUACACCCUGCUGUUUCAAUGCAAUGAGGAUUUGCUUAUUCAGAAACGGAAAAAGCUCAAGAAGUCAUCCAUGGCGAAGCUGUACAAAGGCCUGGCUUCCCAGUGUGCAAAUGCUGGGCAAGAUGCUUCCCCCACUGCAGGCCCCGAGGCCGUCCGUGACAGUGGGAUCCACUCAGACGAGAUGCUGCAGCCCUACCCUUCUGCUCCCAGUUCUGGCCCUGCUAUCACACAUUUGAUGCCCCCAGUGAAGAAAAGCCAACAGCAAAGCUUGAUGGAGAGCAUGCAGCCCGGGAAGCCCUGUGACUGGGAGAUGGAGGGCAGAAAGCACGAGAGGCCAGAGAGCCUCCUGGCGCCGGCGCAGUUCUGUGCGGCCGAGCAGGACGUGAAGGCGCUCGCUGGGCCCCUGCAGGCCAUCCCGGAGAUGGACUUCGAGCCCUCGCCCGCCGAGCCACUGAGUAACGUGGAGCGCUCGCUGCGCGCCCCGGCCGAGCUCCUGCCCGACGCCCGCGGCUUCGUGCCGGCGGCCUACGAGGAGUUCGAGUACGGCGGCGAGAUCUUCGCGCUGCCCGCGCCCUACGACGAGGAGCCGUUCCAGGCCCCGGCCCUCUUCGAGAACUGCUCGCCCGCCUCCUCCGAGUCCAGCCUGGACAUCUGCUUCCUGCGGCCCGUCAGCUUCGCCCUGGAGGCCGAGCGGCCCGAGCACGCGCUGCAGCCGCUGCCCAAGAGCGCCACGUCGCCGGCGAGCAGCAGCGGCGCCUACAAGCUGGAGGCGGCGGCGCAGGCGCACGGCAAGGCCAAGCCGCUGAGCCGCUCGCUCAAGGAGUUCCCGCGCGCGCCGCCCGCCGAGGGCGUGGCCCCGCGCCUCUACAGCACGCGCAGCAGCAGCGGCGGCCGCGCGCCGCUCAAGGCCGAGCGCGCCGCGCCGCCGCACGGCCCGGCCGCCGCCGCCGCCGCCGCCCGCGGCGCGCCCAGGACGUUCUUCCCCCAACAGAGGUCCCAAAGCGAAAAGCAGACCUAUUUGGAAGUAAGGAGGGAGAUGCACUUAGAAGACGCCACCAGAUUCUGUCCCAAGGAAGAAAGAGAAAGCGAGCAGACAUCUUUCAGCGAUCAAAACCCCAGGCAAGACCAGAAAGGGGGCUUUCGCAGCUCCUUCCGCAAGCUCUUUAAAAAGAAGUCCAGUGGAUCAGAAUACAGGGAAAAAACUAAUGAGAAUCCCUCAAUGGAUCCUUCACCCACCAAACAAGAUUUCUUCCGAAACCGACUUGCUCUUGCAAAUGACCUUGACCAAGGAACAGCUGUGUAAAACACACUUAAAGUUGUAUUGUCAAGUGGUAAGGUGAGGAUGAAAAGCUUGUAUAUAUCUGUGUAGGAAUAUAUAUAUUGAUGUAUAAAUCCCUGAGGAAAACUAAUAUAAAUACUUACAUAUGAAAUUAAAUCAACAUACAAGACAUUGAAGAGAUGAAGAUUAGUCUAUGGUUAAGAGCUGGCUUUUGAACCUCAACACUUGGGAAGAGGGAAAUGAAGACUUUUCACAGCAUUACAGAAAAACACAAAUUUGGAGGAAAAUAAACCUUCAUAAGAACAAACAUUCCUACCUUGAAGUCAUUCCCCCAGUAUAAUAGCCCCAGUAUAAUAUUGAGCAUGUAAUAUGGAUGUGAAUUUUAUGCUUCCUAGGCAUUUAGCUUAUUAAUUCAUUCCAGUGUUCUUAGACUAACAUACACUAUGUUAGAGGCCAGUUCUGUCCUGCCACGUGUCUUCCCCAAACCCCAAGGCCAUACGUAACGUCCCUUACAGCAAAAGAUCAAUUAAUAGAACUGUAUGUUACAAGUAGCAAAUCUGAAUUGUAGAGAAUUUGUCCUCAAACCACGAAAGAGAAGGUUCAAAGCUUAGACACGUUGAUCUUCAGCCAGGAAAAGAACCUUAAGAGUAGUAGUUCUCUUCUUGUUGUAUGGUUCUGAAAAUCAGUACAGGGAACACUAAUUGCUCUCAAACCUGGGGGCCCAAAGAACCUUUCCCUCAUGUAGGUUGUGCUGUAGAUGGGAACAGUUUAGAGUCUGUGUUUUACUGAGUACUCCAUAUUCAAAGGUCCAUUAGGGAUCCUGAGUGUCACAUACACUCAUGACAAGAUAGACUGGGAAGAAAAGCACUGAUUUCAGUACAUCCUUUUACAAAGGCAUUCUUGAAUCUGGGAAGAAGGUGGCAACAUGAGUGCUUUAACCUCAACAUAGGGGUUGCUACAGGUACCAGGUCAGAAUGAAACCUUAGGUCUGGCAGUACCUUAUUCCAUUUUAUAGAAUUAAAUUGUAAAGGAAGUUCUUACAGCUCAGAGAGAGCCAUCACUGAAAUAAGGCUUACCUGGCUCUGAGGUAAUAGAAUGUGCUCUGUUUCCAUGUGGCUAUGUCCCAGAUGGUCUGUAUUCUUAACAUGCCCAAAAUAUCAGAAUCAUAACAGAAAAAAAUCAGGUUUUAACAAUUUGUCUCUAUUACCAGGCAGUUAUCUGUAAUACAUUAGGGGCACUUAAGUGCUGUUCAUCAAAAUCUUGGUAUUCAAACUGACUUCUUCAGAGGCCAUUCCUCUAGUAAUGCAUUGUUUGAUAAAUCAGGGGAAGUUGCACUUUAAGUGUUACCAGUUUUCUUCUAUUUCUCCGGUGACUAGGAUCUCAUCCAGUAGCAUUCUGAACAGUAGAUGAUCUUGAACACUUAGGGGAUCGCUGCCAAAUUUCUAGUUUCCCACACUGAAGUUUAAGCUUCUCCUUUUCCUGAGAUUAAUGAAUUAAUGAAACAUUAGAUUUCUGUCCUCAGGUUAAAGAAGUUUUGGGGGCAGUACUUGAAAGCACAAUGCCAAAUUGGACAUGUAAAGUGAAAAAGAAGUCACAAUCUCUUAAAUAAAAUGUAAAAAACAAGAAAGCUUAUUUCUCCUAUAUUGUUUAUCAUAAAAAUGAUCAAUUACUGGGAAGGUUUCAAAAAUAUCACAUACCUCCCAAAUGUUCAUUUUGGUAACAUCCUUUGAAAAAUCUUGAUGCUGUGUCUGUAGCACAACUCAGUUUAGUUAUAUUUUAUGAAACUAACUUAUAAAGCUACUAAUAAUUAAUGCUGCUCCUCUCAGGGUCUCCAUCACAUGGUAUCUAGAUUUUUGUGGUAGCUUUCUAACUGCCCUCAAGUAUUCUCUGCCCCCAUCCAUCCAACAUGUCUUUUACACAUCACUAUAUCAUUAUUCCAAAAUGUUGCUUUGUUAUUUGUCUACAGUCAAAUUCCAAAUUCCUAGACUUGACAUUCAAGGCUCUCUCUUUCCCUCCAGUGUGUGGUUCCAAGGUUUCUCUCUGGCUACCGUCUCCUACUUUGCAGUCCUGCUGAACCACCAUACCUCAACCAAACUGGGUUUUAUUGUUUCCUGGCGAGCUCAGGCUCACUCUUGCUUCAUGUCUUUUCUCUAGCCUCCUUCCUGCCUGCUAAUCUUUAAGACCCAGUUUAAGCCCCCUCAUCAUUCUGUGACCCCUUGCGGUGUAACUUGUCUAUCUCCUGAUGUAUUUGUCUUGUCUUUCCAAUGAGAAAGUAAGUCUGCUUAAGGGCAGGAGCUAUGCCAUAUCUUUUUAAAUUCCUUUCCACCUCUAGAAGAGCACCUAGAAGGCUACAGAAAAUAAUUUCUACUCAUAAUUUGACAAGGAGCUUCAGGAUUCUCACUGUACCUCCCAGCCUUUCAUUUUUUAAAGAAACCUAUCAGUCACAAAGGAAACACAGUUGUCUUCAGGAGCAGUUAAAAGCACCACUGCCAUUUUCACAGCAUCUAGCAUUAGAAAACAUAUCUCCAUUAAAAAAGAAGUUUGCAACUCCUCUGUGUUGUGUCCUGGCUCAUUUCAUAAUCUUCUUAGGUAAUAGUAUGAAUUGUCAGGAAAUAUAGGACCUUUAAUGCUACAAUGUAAUGUUGAACUGGGGAUAAAGUCAAGGUGGGAAGAGCCUGGCAGUUGCUACACCUAUGAUCUCCAGGCCUCUGGAGAAGUACAGUUUGCAUAGGAGACCAUAGCUGUCUUCAGAAAGUGUUUGAAAAGCAGAAAGAAGCACUCCACCAAAAGAUGAAGUGGUUUUGCACAGGCUGUGGGGUGGUAACAGGUCCCUUCUGCCGCCUUGUGCAGUCUGUAUACAAGCUCAAGCAAGGUUUGUCCUGCUUCCCUUAUUCCAGAACUGGGGCCUUGGAGAAGCAUGGAUUUGUGGACUAACACUCUAGGAUUCUCUGCAGUGGGUUAUUUCAUCAUAUGACAAGUUUAAACCAGUUGGGGCUUGAAAUGAGAAUGUUUCUUGCUUGUUCAGGGAAAACCCUUUGAAGAAUUUUCUAUAGCACCUCAUAUGUCAUUCUUUCACCACCUUCAGGUUUACAAUAUGCUACUCUCUCCAUGAGGGCACUUGUAAAAAUGGAGAUUUCUGGAUACUAUUUCAGUCCCAUUUUAUUGGAAUAAUUGGGAGUGGGGCCAAGGUACCUGCACUUUAAAUGCAUUCAGGUUCUUCGGCCCACUGAAGUUUUAGAACCACUACCUCUUAGUAGACCAAUAAAUUGAAUGAUCUAGUAUGUGAACUUCAACAGUCAGAUUCCACAUGUACAUUAGGACAGCAUAAAGAAUCGAUUCUACUUACCUUCUAGUACGGAAAGCUGAUAGUUCAUUGAAACCCAAAUGAAUCUUUUGAGUUCUUAAAUUUACUAUGUGUGAAUUUUACUGUCAUAUACAAUAGGAUUUUGAUUAAAAAUAUACAUAUACAAAUGACCAGUAUUCUUUAUAAUAAACCAUAAAAUUGUGUAUUCCAGAUACUUGCAUGCACUUAGAAAAAUGAUAAAAUGAGUGUUUUAAUUGUUGCAUUAAUAAAACUAAGUCUAGUUUUCAUGCUAAAGUUUCUCUUAAAACAUCACCAUUAAUAAUUUACUUCCUGGGCUUAAAACACUAAUGCUUUUGGAAAACUUGGGAUUCUCAUAUCCUGAUUUAACUUAAAAGUGUGGAUGCAGCACCCUCCACACUGAUGUCUGAGCAUCUUAAUGUUUAUGGUAUACAGGCCUGUGAGUCCCACAUGGAGACAAGGUUGAAGGGAAAAGAAGGGUGAGAUACAGUUUUUCAAAAGGAGAAAUGGGUUAAAAAAAGGUUGAGAAAACUGAUGGAGACCUAUAUA